UUGGACUGAAUGCUGCACAGUUCAAACAGCUGCUUAUUUCAGCCUUGAAGGACCUCUUUGGGGAGGUUGAUGCAGCCUUACCCUUGGACAUCCUAACUUAUGAAGAGAAGACCCUGUCAGCCAUCUUGAGGAUAUGUAGCAGUGGUCUUGUCAAAUUGUGGAGCUCUUUGACUCUGUUAGGAUCCUAUAAAGGCAAGAAAUGUGCCUUCAGAGUGAUUCAGGUUUCUCCAUUUCUCCUUGCCUUAUCUGGGAAUAGCAGGGAACUAGUAUUGGAUUGAAUAGUCUUCAAUUGCAGAAACAUCCUUCUCUCAAAAGCAUGUUUUGGUGACAAUAUGCUGUCUGAAGACUGAAGCAGUCUAAAAGCUCCGAUUGCUGAAGAUGUUCCCCGUAAUUUCCCGCCAUCAUCUGUGGUGGGGUGGGCUUCAAAGGAGAAUCUGCCUGAGCCAGCCAGUGGUGAGCAGGCAUCACGUUGAGCAGAUGCACACCAGAGUUGGAGACCGCGCUGAACUCAGCAGGGCCUUCACACAGAGGGACGUGGCUGCCUUCUCAGAAUUAACGGGAGAUGUCAAUCCUUUGCAUUUAAAUGAAGAUUUUGCAAAAUACACCAAGUUUGGAAAGACAAUUGUACACGGAGUUUUGGUCAAUGGACUUAUUUCGGCUCUCCUGGGAACUAAAAUGCCAGGGCCAGGCUGUGUAUUACUUUCACAGGAAAUUAGCUUUCCAGCCCCUUUAUAUGUUGGAGAAGUUGUUGUAGCUUCCGCAGAGGUAAAAAGGCUAAAGCGGUUCAUUGCUGUUAUUGCGGUGUCAUGUUUUGUAAGAGAAAGUAAAAAGACUGUUAUGGAAGGCUGGGUUAAAGUUAUGGUCCCAGAAACUCCCCAGUCCUGAAAUGUGUUUAAAGAUGGACAUUCAAGUGCCAAUGGUACUGUUCUUGAAGAGCCUCUGAGGAAAAGGGAAUGCUGCUCUUCACCAAGGGAUGGCCCAUAGACCUAGAAGCCCAUGUUGGGGGAGGGGAGCAGGUAGAGGGGUGUUCAAAGGUCCGUUGUCCAAUUUGGCUUUAUGCUUCACACAGACUUGAGUAUAUUCCUCCUCUGUCUAGGUUUUUAAAAUUGAAGAAAUACCGGGAAAGUUAUUUAGCUAAAGGUUCUUUUAGGAUUUCACAUCUAUUAGAUUUGUAUUUGAAUAACACAAACCUGCCUCUAUCUGUGCAGAGUAAGUUUGUCACUGAAUUUAUAACUAGCAUUUAUUUAAUUACUGAAGGCAACAACAGAAUUCAGGUCAUCUUUGAACACCUACCUUCUACCAGUCAGGGUACUUAGAUCCUGUCCUUCAGCAGUUUCUGAGUCAGAGUUUAUUGUAAUUUGUUACUGUUUACACCACAGUGGCACCUUGUUCUAUCUUCAGUGGCAUUUGCUUCUCAGAUGGCUUUCCUGUGAUUGGAGAAGGGCUUACGUGCACCUUUGGACUCAUUUAUGUAAACUCUCUCCAUCUCAUGGGAUAACAACACCUACCACACAGGACUGUUGGAGAUGCUAGAUACAAAUAGCUAAGCACAAAGUCCAACCGGUCAUCCAUUCUCCCCUGUGAAUGAAGUUAGAGGUUUUCCCAAGUUUAAAGCAAACUAGCCCACAAUUUAAACAGGUAACAGACUUCAUUUUUCAGGAUGUCAAUCAAUUUAAACCUGGAAUAGAAUUGGAAUGCAAAAUUUCUAUUUUAGUAAUCCAGAUUAUUUUCUCCCUCCCUUGAAAACACUGGAUUCUCCCCUUUACAAAUAAUAUAUGCUUAUUGUAAAGAUUUAUAAAUAAAAAGUAUAAGGAACCCUGUGGAGGCCAAGUUCUUAAGAGUUGAGGGAUAUUGAAAAUUUAAUCAGUAUUAAAAAAAAAAAAGUUGGGUACUGAAGAGGAAAUGCGCCUAAUGCGUUUGUACUGAGUGGUCAUCCCAACACAGCCAACACUUUUAAGAAUCUAUAACAGAACAUCCAUCUCUGCUCUGUGGCUUUAGAUGGUGGUUCUGAUUACAACUAGAUGCUUUGAUCAGGAGGAUCAAGUGUCACUGGUGGGAUCACCCCCAUUUUCCGGGAAAAGGUUUUUCCUCCUGGUAGAUCAGUAACUAGAUUUUUUUUUUUUUUUUUUUUACAUCAAAGGGAUAAAUUAAGCAGAUUACUAGAAAAAAAUCAUUCUGGGCACUAGAGGGCAAUGAUGUGUAUAAAUAAUAUUUUUAAACUGUUGAAUAUUGUACCACCACAUCCUAGUCGGUGGAUGGUGAGAUGAAAAUACUAAAAUCAACAUGAGAAGCAAUGAUGCCCUCAUGAGUUUCAGAAGGGGCUGUUGUGGGGGCUCAGAUACACACGAAGACUUAUUCAUAGGGGAAGGCUACACAAGCUAAAACUUUGAUACAACAUUGAAAAAAGAGAACUUGGAGCACAAAAUACAGACUCAGAGCUAAGACUGUCUGUUCCUGUAGAACUCAUUCUCUGGGACUAGUAGCACUCUUGAAGCAUAGGUCCAUAAAUGGAGUGUAAUUUGAUUAUUAAUACUAGUAGCUACCAUUUUUGCAGUAUGAGCCAAUCCCCACCCCCCCUUUUUAAAAGAUUUUAUUUUUGAGAGAGAGUGCCAGUGGGGGAGGGGCAGAGGGAGAGAGAAUCUCUGUAAA